AUGCAAUAUGCUCCCAUCGUCUUCGUUCUGUUAGUGUCAGUGAUAGUGCGACCAGUUGUUCUAGGUGUGCCUGUUCGAGACAAUGAUGUCCAUGAGUCGUGUGAAGCUCAAUUUUGGUCAAAUGAUCUGUGCUCUGGCACAGUCAGCGUUAGAGGUGAUUGCAAAACGGCAACACUCAACUUCGCUCAUACUAAUAUGUCAGAAAUAUGUACUUCGAUCAAUUUCUUUUGGUCCUAUCCUAUCGGUAAUUUAACCAUGAUUAUUGAAACACCAUUCACUAUCAAACAACAAAAUUAUAUGGUUCAGUUUGACAACGAUCAUAUGAUGGGUGCCAUUUCAAAUGUGUAUAGACUGAUCGAUGGAAAAGAAAUAGAAGUAACAACAACAGCAAGUAAACUUAUUCAAUAUGCGGAUUCAAACUAUCAAGUCGUACUCAAAUUGCAAGGUCCACCCAAUUUAUUCUACUACGGUGUAUUCAUUGAUUAUGAAGUUGCCAAAUCAUAA